GAAUUCUGAGCGAGUCUGGUCACGCACCCCUUACGUCGCCAUUUUAAAGAUUUGUGAGUAGAAGCCCACACUCAUCGAAGGAGCAGUGCUAUUUACAUCGAUCAGAAUAUUGACAAAUCAUGGGAACAAGAGUUUAUAUAGGUCGCAUACCUUAUCAGGCCAGAGAGAAAGAUGUGGAAAGAUUCUUCAGACAUUACGGAAAGAUCCGUGAUUUGAUGUUGAAAAAUGGUUAUGGGUUUGUGGAGUUCGAAGAUUACAGAGAUGCUGAUGAUGCUGUGUACGAGUUAAAUGGAAAAGAGUUGUGUGGGGAGAGAGUGACCUUAGAACAUGCCCGGGAGUCGCCCCGUGGGAGUCGCUAUGGCUCGGAUUAUCGCUAUGGCUCCAGUUAUGGCUAUCGCCGUCGAGCUUCACGGAUAGACAAUAGAUACGGUCCACCAACGAGGACAGACAACCGGAUCAUUGUGGAGAACCUUUCAUCCAGGGUUAGCUGGCAGGAUUUGAAAGAUUACAUGAGGCAGGCUGGAGAAGUGACCUAUGCUGAUGCCCAUAAACAACAUCGGAAUGAAGGGAUUGUUGAGUUUGCAUCCUAUACAGACAUGAAAGCAGCCAUAGAGAGGUUGGAUGACACAGAGUUGCAAGGGAGGCGACUGCGGAUUUAUGAAGACAAACCAAGGAAGAGGAGUCGCUCUCGAUCUAGAUCCAGGUCCAGAAGUCGGAGCCGAUCUCGCAGGAGACAUAGCAAGAGCAGAUCUCGCAGCAAGAGUCGCAGCAGGAGCAGCAGCCGCAGUCGGAGCCGCAGCCCAGUGAAAUCCCGCAGCAGAAGUCGCUCCAAGUCGGCGUCAAAGUCUCGAUCCCCCUCACCGUCAGAAAACCCUGUCCAAGAGAAACAAGAAGAACGGCACUCUGGUGAUGAGAAUGGGGUAGAUGACUGAGCUGGCCUUAACGAAUAGUUAUCCUUGUUGGGGUUGGGGAGGAAAGGGAGUGGGUGGGAACAAUCAUGGGAGUCACCUAUAUCAUCUUAUCGGAAACCAUCAAUUUUGUGUACAUUGAACUUGAUUGGCACCUUUGUGGAAUACAAAUUCAGUACAUUUAGACUGUCACAACGCACUCUAUUCCUAUUGUGACCAUACAUUUACCAUCGGCAGGCCUUUUUGAUUUGCAUACAUUAUGGUCUUUGUGUAAAUAUUUUAAACUGUUUAAUAAAUAUUUUAGUGUCAUUAA